AGAUUUAUUUGCGCAAUGAAGAAUAAAGGUUAUCAUUGCGAUAUCAUUACAACGAGCAAGUCACGGCUAAGCAAGCAGUUAUCAAGCUGUGUUAGAGACCAUAAGUUAACUUAAUUUAAAUAUAAAUCUAAUUCCCUUCAACGAUGCACAUUUUUACUACCACCGUGUUGCUCGUGAGUCUAUGCAUAAUAGAAAGUGCCGAUAGUAGUGCCAGAACCAUCACAGGAAUCGACCAAAGAGAAGUGUGUAAAAUAAAAAAAACGUGUGUAAGUUGUUUACGCUUGGUACAUUGCUCUUGGUGCCAAAAAGAGGAAAAGUGUUUCUCAAAGGAGUUAGAGCCAGAAAAAUGCAGCGAGACAAAUGAAUAUACGGAUUACGGAUUCAGUCUGCAAGAAAACGCAAUUUGUAGUUGCAAGCAAGAAACAGAUGAAGCCCAAGAACAGAACUGCUUCCCAGAAGGGGCGGACGAAGACACAACGCCGCCAUGCAGCGGCCGCGGCGCGUGUGUGUGCGGCCGGUGCAUCUGCGAAACCUAUGAAAAUUCCACCAAGAUGGUAAUGGGCGAUUAUUGUGAAUUCGAUAACUUCUCCUGUGACGGCCCGGAGUGCAACGAAGGUCCCUAUGCUUUUGCGCAAGAUAAGGACAAUGAAGAAUCGUAAUGAAUUGCUUUCUUAGAAUAGGUAGAUUUGUGUUCAAUAAAUUUGUAUAGCCUUAGGCCAGAAAUUUCAGAAACAUAAAGUUUAAAUUAGAGAGAGUUUAAAUUACGUACUUAUGUUGUUAUAAUUAUAAUGUUUUACUUGUAAGUUGAAAAUAUGCAUAACUUACUAAGAUCAAACAACAAUAAAAAAUACCCGAAUUUACAAAACUUUUCAAAUGCCAUAAUUUCAUGGCCUUCGUCAGGAGAGUUUCAAUUAACUAAAUGGCGCUAUUCGAGUGCAAACGCUGAGAACUCCCAAAUCCCUUCAGUCAGAGGCGCCUGUAUUUUUUAAAGAGUUACCUCGAUUUCUCCAGGAUAUCACCAUCAUCUAAUAACAAUGGGCAUUCCCAAAUGUAAAUAUGAAGAACGAGAAACCUUCAUAAAAGUAACAAGGAACCUCAUUUUAUUUAAAGUCAAUAAAAAACGCUUACAUUAGGUACUGAACCGGGAACUAUGACGAGUAAAUACAAACCUACAUAAAUAUCACGUUUAACCAACCCAGUUAAUGGAAUACGGACCUAAUAAACACCCAUACCACGAACCUAUAAAUAUUUUAGAGGAAUUGGAUAUCGCAGCGUCUUGAGACGGAAGUUUUUCAGCUGGCUCCAAGAAGCUCAAUUAAGGAAUGAUGUGAGCGGCGCCUGUGGCUGAUGGCUCAUCGGUCUCGAGUGCCCCGUUAUGGUUACGAGAAAUUAGAUUUCAACAAGGCUAUUAUCUCUUCCGCUGAGACGAGUCUUUUAUUAGAGAUCUGUCGAACCCUAUUAUUCUACGAAUAUUUUCGGAAUACGAAGUUGGUGAAUUUAUGAUUAGGCUAUCGAAACUUCACGAAUUUUAUUCAUAAGUAUUCUAGUUUAUGUAAACGAUUUGUAAAGAUUUAUAAGUUUUUAAAUAAUGUUACAAUAAUGUAUCUUGUCUUGUGGUAACGUUCUAAUUUACCGUAAAAUCUGUUUAGGUAGGGGAAUAAUGGAUUUUUGACUAUUAAGGGAGUUUAAUUGUUUAGGUAGGUACCUUAUUAAAAAAUAGUUAUUUGUUUUACAAGGGGGCAAAGUUUUUGUUUAUCCGCUCGUGCUUAUAUUGAUACCCGAGCAAGCGAAAUAUUCCAAAAUUGACCCACGAGCGUCGCGAAAAUCCACGAGCGUUGCGAGGGUUUUAAGGCACGGGGGUUAAACAAACUUUGCCACCGAGUGAAACACGAAAUUUUUCACCACACCAACGACUCCAAAAAGAGGAAAUUACUAACUAUGAAAUUAAUUCAAAUUCCAAAAAGAAUCAAACCAAAUCAAAUCGAAAUGAACAGAAUAAAAAAAUAUCAUUAAAAAUCAUAAUUUAAAAGUCAAUUACCAGCUAAUACGAGUAUAAGGAAACAACUCAACAUGUGGAUAAAAUGCCACUUUCUCAUUAGUUUUUGAACAAUCAAGAGGGCCUUUACCAGUUAGUGUGGUGAAAAGAUCUUUAUUUUAUUAUAAAAAUUAGGUACUUAAAAUCCUAUAUAGUAAUAUCCCGAAGCGUAUACCUACUUUAUUAUUUUAGUACAGCAUAUUUUCGAUCGGAUAUUUUUUGAUUAACCAUGUUAAUAAUAAUUGGUUCCUGGUUCCCUGGAGGCUGGGUCGACCCGUCGUCUGGGAUGCCACGUCCGUGGAUACCCUCGCGCUGUCCCAUCUUCCAGGGACCUCAGCUAGGGCUGGCGCUGCUGCCGAUGCGGCUGAGCAUCUCAAGCGGCGCAAAUUACACCGGCUGCAUGUUUGAGCCGUUUGAAGUGGAGACGCUUGGGGCGUGGGGUCAAGGCGCACACGGUAUAUUUAAGGCAUUGGCCAAGCGUCUAAUAGACACAACGGGUGACCGGACGGCUGGGCCAUACCUCGCCCAGCGCAUUGGCGUUGCCAUUCUGCAUUAAUAUUGAAAUAAUAUAUUUUACACAAGCAUGACAUACACUACAUUAUAGGCAUCUAAAAUGUAGUAUAAAACAUGCUUGACAUAUAAACUUAUCAAAAAGAAGCCUACCAAAGCACUAAAAUAUAUACAGAUACUUGUUUUUUUGUAGAAAAGCUUUAAAAUUAUCUUAUGGCAUUCAAGGCAGAAACCUGUUUUUGCAUUUUAAAAUGAUUGUCCUCAUAAUUUUGAAAAAAAAAUUAUAGUACACUAUUAAUGAUAUCUUGCAUAAUAAAACACGGCUAUUUUAAAUGCUAUCAUUUAACUAGUAAACAUGUAAUCAAGAAAAGUCUAAAAAAAUAGUUUUUUCGCUCUACUGUAAAAUUUGACAAAACACAGAUACUUGAUUUCUGCGUAGGGCAGCCGAGUUUGCAUUUAAAUUUUUUUAUUUUAUUUAUUAUUGGGAAACAAACAGCGCAAAAUAAUACAUAUGUUUAAACAAAUAUAGAAUACACACAAACCAUAACAGUUUCCACUUAUAGAAUAAUAACAUUCUUUGUUGCUCAAACCAGACUUAUACAAUUUGGUUUAACUUCUAUGAAUUUGUAAAGUAGGUUUAGGUAAGAUUAUUAAACUUUAACAACAGAAAAUAAAGACGCUAUACCUUGCUUAUACUUAAUUUACAUGCAGCUCAUUAUCUUAGAGAAUACAAAUCAUUAGAUUUAAUAUUGCCAAUUUUUUAUUAUUAUUACUGUUAUUUAUUUAUUUAUGUUCUUAAUUGCAGAAACAAACUUAGGUAAGGUAGAAUUAAAUAUAUCAAUAUCAGAGUACUUCUCAUUAUAACUUUUGCAUGCUCUUACUAUACUAAUCAUAAUUUAUUUUUGUUGUUUUUUUUAGGCCUAAUUUUAGUUUAAUUUCCGAGAUAAAUAAAAUCAAAAAAUCAUAAUUAUGAUAUUAAUGAAA